AUGGCUCCUGCAAAUCGAGAAAUGGGAACCUCGACACGUUCUCUCCAUGCGGACGAUGCGCUAAAUGUGGUCUCGGACGUUGCUCCUCCAAUUCACGUUGCCACUACUUUCCGGUAUUCGGACAAUCCCGACGACCUCGUGCCGUUCGCGGAUCUCCAGGGCGACAAAGAGCAGGACAAGACGGCACACAUUUACUCUAGACUGUCGGCUCCCAGCUCCACGCGGUUCGAGACUAUUCUUUCAUCCCUUCUCAAUGGCGAGGCUAUUAGCUAUUCCUCCGGACUGUCGGCUCUGCAUGCAGCCCUGACGCUGCUUAACCCGCGCCGUAUCGCGAUUGGCAAUGGCUACCAUGGGUGUCAUGGUGUGAUCGCACUCUUCAGCCGGCUGACCGGCCUUCAGAAGCUGGAUCUCAACUGUCCCGCGGAGGAGUUGGAGGCGGGUGAUGUGAUUCACUUGGAGACGCCGGUCAACCCGGAGGGCACAGCAUUCAACAUCGAGGCCUAUGCUAAGAAGGCGCACUCUCGAGGGGCGUACCUAAUUGUUGACGGCACAUUUGCGCCUCCAUUCCUCCAAGACCCGUUCCAAUGGGGCGCCGAUCUGGUUUUACACUCCGGUUCUAAAUAUUUCGGGGGUCACAGCGAUGUUCUUUGCGGCGUGCUAGCCACUCAGCGGAAGGACUGGGCCAAGCAGCUACUUCAAGACCGGAUCUUCCUGGGUAGCGUUAUGGGCAAUAUGGAGAGCUGGCUGGGCGUGAGAAGUCUUCGGACUCUGGAAGUGCGGGUUCAGCGCCAGAGCGAGAACGCGACUAGGCUCGUUUCGUGGCUACACAACGCCCUCUGCGCCCAGAACCCCGCUAUGGAUAGCGAUGAGGGCUUGGUCCAGGCCGCUCUGGAGAGUGUGUUUCAUGCGAGUCUGCAAAAGGAAGAUGAGUCGUGGUUGUUGAAGCAGAUGCCUAAUGGAUUUGGACCUGUUUUUUCAAUAACCAUGAAAACGGAGGAUUUUGCGCGCAAGCUCCCUAGCAAGCUUGCUAUCUUCGACCACGCUACUAGUCUUGGAGGGGUUGAAUCGCUUAUCGAGUGGCGGACCAUGUCGGACACAUCAGUCGACCGCCGGUUGCUUCGGAUUAGUGUUGGGCUGGAGAAUUGGGAGGAUCUUCGCCAGGACCUGGUGGGCGCAUUCAAGGCUCUUAUCGAGGGCAAUUAG